GCCCGGCUGGGCCCGGAGCUGCGGCAGUGGGGCAAUGGCAGACAGGGCUGGCCAUGCCAGGGGAGCCGUUGUGGCGCAGGGAAUGGGGCUGAGAAGGUGCGGCAGUGCCAGGGCUGCGGGCACCGCUGCCAGCCGCGCGUCUGCCCCUCUCCUGCCCCUCUCCAGCCCCCCUCCCCCGUUGCCGCGGUAACGGCGGCGCCGCCGCCAUCUUGUGCGGGCCCGGGGCAGCGGUGAGGGAGAGCCAGGACCCCCGGGACUCAACCCUGUGGGGCAGGGCUGGGGAGACUCCCGGGGGGCAGCAACAGGACCCCCAGGACUGGCUCGAGCUCCCAGCCGGGGGGGCUCCUCCGCCAUGUCUCACGAGAAGAGUUUCCUGGUGACGGGCGACAGCUUCCCAGGAGGGGGUCCUCAGCCCACGGCCCCCCCGGGCUACAUGCAGCCCCCUUACCCACCCCCCACCGCUGCUCCCUACCCCCCCCAGCCCCAAUUCGCCCCCUAUCCUCAACCAGGUUUCCCGCAGGGGCCAGGACCGUACCCGCCUGCCCCGGGCCCCUAUGGCCCCCCUGGGCCAUACCCUCCCGGACCCUACCCUCCCCCAGGCCCCUACCCCCAAGGCCCCUAUGCGCAGCCCCCCUACGCCCAGCCCCAGCCCAUGGUGCCGGGGGACCAGGACUCUCCCCUGCACAGCACUUACCACGAGGAUGGGCCCCCCUCCUACUAUGACAACCAGGACUUCCCGACGGCGCACUGGGACGACAAGAGCAUCCGCCAGGCCUUCAUCCGCAAGGUGUUCCUGGUGCUGACCCUGCAGCUGAGCGUCACCUUCGCCUUCGUCGCCGUCUUCACCUUCGUGGGAGGGGUGAAGGGCUUCGUGCGCCGCAACGUCUGGACCUACUACGUGUCCUACGGCGUCUUCUUCAUCUCCCUCAUCGUCCUCAGCUGCUGCGGGGACUUCCGCCGCAAGCACCCUUGGAACAUGGUGGCCCUGUCCAUCCUGACCCUCAGCCUGUCCUACAUGGUGGGGAUGAUCGCCAGCUUCUAUGACACCGACGCCGUCAUCAUGGCCGUGGGCAUCACCGUUGGCGUCUGCUUCACUGUCGUCAUCUUCUCGCUCCAGACCAAGUAUGACUUCACCUCGUGCCGGGGGGUGCUGCUGGUGUGUCUGGUGGUGCUGGUGCUGUUCUCCCUGCUCUGCAUCUUCAUCCGCAGCCGCAUCCUUGACAUCAUCUACGCCUCGCUGGGGGCCCUGCUCUUUACCUGCUUCCUGGCGGUGGACACGCAGCUGGUGCUGGGGAACAAGCAGCUGGCGCUGAGCCCUGAGGAGCACAUCUUCGCCGCGCUCAACCUCUACACCGACAUCAUCAACAUCUUCCUCUACCUCCUGGCCAUCAUCGGCCGCGCCAAGGAGUAGCUGCCCCCCCCCCCAGCAUCCCGCUCCCUGCCCCCCCUCCAGACCCUGCUUUCUGCCCCUUCCCACCCCAAACCCACCCCCUCCCCUCACACCCCCGUUCAGUUCAGUGUUAUCACCCCUUCCCCCCAAAAAAAAAUCUCCCCUUAGAGUUUUUGGUUCCCUAGCUCCAUUUUUUGGUCCCCCCCAGAUAAAAAUGGGGGGAGAGUGGCACAUAUGGGUGCCCUGACAGCCCUCACCCCAUCCCCAGCACCCUGCCCGGACCCUUUGCUGACCCCCCCUUGCUGUGAAUAUGGGCUGUGUGUCCUCCCCCUUUGAAUGUGGACUGGAAGCACUUUGUCCCCCCACCCACAGUGGAGCUGACCCCCCUGUCAUCCCAAUCCUCUCUCCCUUCAUGUCCUAAUGCCCCCCACCUCAUCCCAGUCCCCCACCUCAUCACAGUACCCCCCUUCACAUCCCAAUGCCCCUACUUCAUCCCAGUGACCCCUUCACAUCCCAAUCCUUCCCCCACCUCAUCCCAGUAUCCCCUCACAUCCCACCCCCCUCAUCUCAUACCAGUGUCCCCCAACACAUCCUAGUCCCCCCCAUCCCACUCUCCUCCCCUGCACGUGUUACCCCCUGGCCCACCACAUGCCACACAGGCAGGGUCAGGACCCUCCCCCCAAGCUCGCACCCUACCCCCCCAGGCAGAGGUGAGGGAGGCCACUGCAGGAGGGUCCCUGUUGGGACCCCGAGGACCUAAGCUCCCCCCUUGCCCCCCUCAAUUUGUCCUUUCCCUGCUUCCCUGGGGGGACCCUGCCCUGGGGGAGUGGUGUCCUUGUCCCAUUCCUGCCCCCCUCCAUUUGUGGCUCCUGCUGUCAAUAAACCCCACCCCAGUUCA